CUCUCGAAGAUCGUAUCAACCAAUUAGACAUGAAGGUGGUGUUGGCGGUGGUGUUGGUGGUGGCGGCGGCGGUGCAGGAGGGCGCGGCCAUGACUGUGUCGCAGAAGGAGGCGGACGCCCUGCCUAAGGAACUCCGUCCCAUCGUGCGUGGCGGCUCCUGGUUUGAUGACAUGGCCCUCGUGAGGCUUAGGAAGAUGCAUCAGGACCUCAGGAAUCUGGGAGAACAACUCACACACGACCACGAGGACCACCCGGAGGAGCAGUUCAUCAUGGCUCGCCUCAGGAACCCCGAUAUGACUUACGUGGAGGUGGACCUCAAGGCUCAAGAGGAAGAGGAACGGAAGGAAGGGGAGCAGGAGCAGCAGGAGCAGCCCCAGGUUGUGGUACAGAGUACCCGCGAGGCUAUGAGGAAUUUCCUACGCCACCACACUUAUCAGCGUGAGUUCGAGGGCGAGGAGGACCUCGAGGACGACCAGUCCAAGGUCAGCGUCACUACCUCCUCGGAGUUCAUGGACAAAUACGAGAAGGAACUGGAAGGCUUCUUCAGAAACUUCAUGAGCGCGAUGCUGCAAGCUGAAAUUGGCGGAGUAAGCAUUGAGAACCACAGCGAGGAGGAGGAGGAGGAGGACAGAACCCUCCCCAGUAACACCUCGGAAGACAGAACCCUCCCCAGUGACACCUCGGAAGACAGAACCCUCCCCAGUAACACCUCGGAAGACAGAACCCUCCCCAGUGACACCUUGGGAGACAGAACGCUUCCCGACGACACAUCAGGGGGGUCGAAUUAAGACAGUUUUUCAACUCCUUAAAAGCUGGCUAGAGUUGUUAGCCUCGUCUUGUCCUGCUCAGGGCCUGUCUUACCACGCUCUUAAGAGCACCCACCAACCCCUUAGGCUAACUCACCUAGCGAUCUUAUUUACUCAUGUCACCAUAUACCUUUCCACGAUAUUAUUAGUUAAUAGGAAUUUUUUGUACUACUUAUUCCCAUCGUCCAAAGCUCUCGGAAUGGCCGGCCUUAGAUUGGGGGCCGCCCUCGGAGUUUGGGCCAAAAUUUGUUUAAACACGCAGAACAAUUUUAUAUCAUAUGAAAAUAUUAACCUACUAUUUUGAAAAUAAGAGUAAAUGUAUAUUUCGAUCCCCCACCCGGGAUCCUCUUGAGCAGUAGAGGAUUCCAUAGACUCUACGGGAUCCCGUAGAUCCUCUACUGGAUACACAGAGAUCACACUAACGUGAUGCAUCAAAUGAACAAAUCAACAAGGGCCGUGACGAGGAUUCGAACCUGCGUCCGGGAGCAUCCCAGACACUGCCUUAAUCGACUGAGCUACGACAGGGUUAA